CCCCCUCCCAUCUUCCUCAUCUCCGGCGACCUCCUCACCCGAAAGCCCUAAGCCCUGUCGCCAGCAAGCUCCCACCCCGGAACCCUAAGGCCCCGCACCCUCUCUUCGUCAGUCCUGCUGCAGAAAACUCCUGCUGACUGUUCCCCGGCUCGGCUGCGGCUCCUCUCAACCAGGUCGCAUAAGGAAAUUCAAGAGCCCAAAUGAUUUCUUCGCAGGAAGAGGGUACGGCUGCCUUCUCUUUCAAGGAUGGUAACAGGCUGUGCUCUCUUUUUCUGCGUCAGCAAGGUCUCAUCAAGAAGAAGCGAAGAUGGCUUGCUUCGUUGCAUCCCGAAUUAGGGGUCCCUUUCAGACUUAAGCGACCAAAGUUUCUCAAAGAAGUAUACUUGGCUGAAUCGGAUGUCAGGACCGAUGAAGUGUCCAGCGAGAGAGUAAGAUCUAACAUCGAAAAAAGUUUUGGCUUGCAAUGGAAUUGCUACAAUCACCAUGUAGUUCUGGAUGGUUUCGAGCUUUUUAAGUUGCAGAAACAGAAGGACGGCUCUCUCUGUCCAGAAAGCUUGAAGAUUAUGCACCGCACAAUCAGCAAAUUAAGCAAUGGAGCACUUGAUUCAGUGGCUAAAAUUGUCACCCAUAAUGGGACUAGUUUCAGGAAAAUCAGGCCUACAGUGAUGAAAAUCGUGAAGGACCACCUUCCAAAAUACUUGGCCAAGUUGGACAGUGAAAAUGGCAAGAUUCUGUUGUCUGGCAUUUUAACAAAUCCAUGCAGCUAUCAACCUGAUUCUGUCUGCCUUGCAACACCUGUUUCACCAAUGCUUCUGUCAUCUAUAAAUGAAGCUUUAGCUGGGUUGGAUGAAAUUUCCCAGCAAGCUGCUAUUACAAUAAAUAGAAAGCUCAUUCAAAAGUCAUGUCCCCCAGAAUUCCUGCAUGUAUCUCGAACUUCCAGCAGAAGCCACCUCGUUAACUUGAUAAGGAAAAGAUGUGAAAGUAUGAUAGCAAAGCUGCAGGAAGGCAAGGAUCUUCCAAAGAACCUUGCAAAAGCACUGUCAGUGAUGAAACUAUAUCAGAAACUAACACUAAGGAGCAUGGAUAUCUCACAGUCAGAGUUCUUCCCCUUUUCGCGUGGAACUAUGUCACUGCAGCAAGAUAUCCUGAAUGCUCUUUGGUUGCUACCAGAAAUCAAUACUAAUGAAAUGAAAUUGCUGCGGUCCAUUAUGGGUCAAGUUUCUCAAGUUAAGAUGGCAUCAUUCAAGGCAGCUGUGAGGAAGUACUUGACAGAAUGCUUGUUUGAGUGUGAUGAUGGUAAUUUACCAGAUUUGGCACUACGUGCUAUCGGUUUCUUAGUUGGAAUGUCUCCUACAUGUCAGCAGGUUAUUCUCACAGAAGAGAGAAAGGAAGUUGAAGUAGAUGCGGUCUUGGAUUUAAGCAGUCGCCUUAGAUCUUUUGCGCGUUGUGCCAUAGAAGAAGGCCUGAGUGAUGAUGAAUUCAGCUUAGAGAGUUACAGUGGCAGCGGAGAUAACGAUUUUGUACUCACUGGGAGCAACUACUUCGGUUCUCCUUCGGAGCAGCACAUGGAUGAGGGCUGCUGUUCAAAUUUUACUAUCAACAAUGCUGAAGAUUCUGAAUACGUGGGUGAUGAUGGACAUUAUGGAGACAAUGAAGCUGCUGCUAGUAUGAAGGAUCCUUGUUUGAAGGACAAUGUGAAGAUGACUAGAUGCUUUGAAGAAGAUCUCUCUGAAGUAUGUGAUGACACCGCAAGUACCGCACACAAAUUUAUUGGGCAAAUUCUUAAAAACAUGUUGGCUGAAAAUGAGGCGGUUCAUGAAAUUUCCGGAUGUUAUCUUGGAGGCAGUUCUGAUUCUGAAGAUCCUCGAGUUUCUGAAGCGAAAAACCCAAAAGCUGACAUUGUGAUGAAUGCUGUCCAGGGUCUCUUACCUAAUCUGCCAAAAAGCUCCAUGGACAAAGUUAGAAGGAUACUGGAUGGUGCUGAGCAGUGAGACGGUGUUGAAUCUUGCACGGUGCUGUAAAUUGGGCCACUGAAAUGCGAUGGGCAACAUGUGAGCAUAGCGAUCAUGACUGAAGUGAAACUCUUAGCUGGUCUGUUUUGUUUUGUUGGAGUGGGGGAAAUGUGCAUGCAGUAGACAUCUGUUAAUGCCAUAUCAUUCUAGAAAGCUAGCACAUGCUCUUUUAUGAAUCCCGUAAUGACAUGUUUAAGACCGUUGACUUUUGAAAUUACUAAUACAAGACUGAGGGUGUUUUGUUUUUAAUCUUUCAGUGCUCUAUUUCAAGAUUCACCUUUUCCAAAAACUAGCACAUACUCAAGUCAUAUUAUUGCCUGAUCCACCAUUAUUUUGCCAUUCUCUUUUUUGCUUUCAUGAAUUAUUUUAGUAACUGUUGCUGGUAUUUCUGUGCAAAACAUUUAUUUCAUUUUCUGGCAUUUACAAGUUCAGGGGAACUGUAUUAGGAUGAGUAAAUUGAACUAUGGAUAGAACAUCUAGUGAGGUGGAUGCAACCAAGUACGGAACUGAGGGUGCUUUUUUAUCUUUCAGUGCUCUAUUUCAAGAUUCACAUAUUCCAAAAACUGGCACAUACUCAAGUCAUAUUAUUGGCUGAUCCACCAUUAUUUUGUCAUUCUCUUUUUUGCUUUCAUGAAUUAUUUUUAGUAACUGUUUCUGGUACUUCUCUGCAAAACAUUUAUUUCACUUUCUGGCAUUUAAAAGUUCAGGAGAACUGUAUUAGGAUGAGUAAAUUGAACUGUGGAUAGAACAUCUAGUGAGGUGGAUGCAACCAAGUAUGGAACUUAACAACCGUUUGGUUUGGCUAAUGGUGCUUACUCUGAUGGGGACAAGUUUUAGGGCUGGUGACAGAUGGAUGUCCUUUCGGCUCCCACGGCAGCUCGUAAGGGCAUAUCUUCGGUGAUCAUGCUCACAGCCUAGUAGCUUUGGAAGCGGCACAACCUGAUCGUCUUCGUCGGUGCGCUGCCUGACCUUGCUGGCCUGCUUGACACAAUAAAGGUGGAGGACAGAUCGUGGGCAGCGGCCAGGGUGCUGGGCCUUGUGGCGCUACUUCCACCGGCCUAGCUUGUUGUAAUCUUGGUUGUCGCCCUCUUAGACUUGUAACAACUCUCUUUCUAUCAAAUGCAUUGAAACACAAAGAUUUUGUGUUUUCUUGAAAAGAACUGUGUGUCUGGGUCCUAUGGACUUUUGCAAGCUAAUAUUCCAUUUGGUAGUAUUACUUUCCUUUGUACGUUGCCAGACAUCAUGCCGAACACGUGAAGCUCUCUUAACUGUACUGUGGAACACGUGAAGCUCGGUCUUUCGCAAGUAAGAGAAUUUGAUGUGGUGGAGCACGGUAUUAAUGGUUACUCUGCAGAUGUGGUGACUUGCGCUAUGUGUCUUGUUGCUUCCUCAUGGUUCCGAUCUGGGUCAGAGCCAUCUCUGCAUGAAGAUUGCGCAGUAUUCGAUGAAGCUACUUGUGAAGAGGGCUAGUACCACACAAGCAACUAUUCCAGCAUAUAAGCCUGCGUCAGCAGUCACUCCUGGAGAUCUUAAGCUUCUAAAUGGUGUAGCUCCUUUAGCUGAUUUGCCUGACUGAAGUUUUGAUGAUAUGCCAGUUACUAGUACUGCUUGUACUGCUACAUCACCUAAUGGUUUUCUACAAGACCUUUUGGGUAUCAGUGAGACAAAUCUAUUAAAUGCAGGGGUUUCUUCAUCUGCAGGCACACAUCCUCUGAUGGAUCUUCUAUCUGCAUGUACGGGCUCACCGAAACUGUUAAGUUGCAGCCGAUCGACGAACGAUGUGAUGAUGGAGGCUGAUGUUGUUCCAGACGACCAUCCUCGCCUCGCGACGACCCAGAGUCUCGAAAACAUUUGCUACUUUAUCCAGCUGCCGAUUUGUGUCGUGGAGCACACCUCCGUGGCUCCGACGCUGACCAGAACCAGUGAAGGAAAUAAACUACUGGCACGUUUUUGUGCGUCUGCCUCUCAGCAAGCUGUAGCUUGUGACCUGGUGAAUGGGUCAAGGUUCAAGAGGUGCACCUUAUUGAGAAGAGGAAGGAUGGCAUCUCAUGGUAGCUCACGGCUAAUGGCCAAUAAUAAUCUGCGAGGUCGGCCUAGGAGGUGCAAUUCAUUGGUUCC